AUGAAAAAAAAGUCAACCUCAAAAAAUGCAAGAUUAUUAUCACAAUUAGAAGAAAUUUCCUGCAUGUUAAAUCAAAAAAAUGCUACAAUAGAAAGCAAAGCUAAUUUAACUAAUGAUACAAUUAAGCUCAAUACAGAAAUUCAAUCAUUUAUGAAUGAUACUCGUAAUGAACUUCAAUUUUAUCUUGAAGACAAUAAUAUUAAGAAUGACACAGAAAAAUGUCAAAAGGCAUCCUCAUACAUAAAUUGGAGAGGAAUGGACUAUGUUAAUUUGCUAUUAAAUGAAAAAGAAAAUUAUAAUAUCUCCUGUGUUGUUGAAAAAUGGAAUGAGAAACAAAAAUCUUUUGAAACAAGUAUAGAUGAAAAAACAAAAUCAACGUGUAAUGCAACAACUUUCAAUUAUUGUUCUCUUUUGAAUAAAAAUAAUAACUGCAUGAGACCUUAUGAAAAUAAUGAUCUACCAGUAUCAACAUCAUUAACAUACGAACAACUCAAUGAUGAUACUUAUAGUACUAAUAAAAAUCAAAUUAUUGAUGAUAGAUGGGGUAAGUUUAACAAUAUUACAAGUGAUAUAUCUCAUUACUAUUACAGAAUGUAUGAAAAUAACAAUUCUACACUUAAUUGUGGAAAGUGGAGUAUGUAUAUAUAUAAGAGAGGAAAACAAUUUAUUAAAAUGGCGGCCAAUGAAUUAUAUGAAGAUGCAAUAUAUGUAAAUGAUACUAUUAGAAGAUGGAAUGAACAUAGUAAUCAAUUACAAACUACUGUAUUAGAAGAAACUGGUAAUAAAUGUAAUAUGACAACAUUUAUUUAUCAAUUUAAAGAGCAAGAAAAUUCAAAUAAUCCAUAUGAUUUAUCUUGGCUUAUUUCAAAAAAGAAUCACAAUCAACCUAAUGAAACUGCAUAUAAUACAACUCCAUUACCACAUAACUUACAACCUACAACUGUAACUCCUAAUGUAUUGCAUAAUGAUACUACUACAGGUUCAUUGGAUAACAAUACGACUAGUGUUAAUAACGUAAAUGGUAACAGUUCCUCUGAAAAUACAUUAACAAGCGACACACCAGAGACACCAGUGUCUAUAGAUCAAAUUGAGCCAGAAACUGAAAGCACAAAUUCUCCAGAAAACUCAACACAAUCCAAUUCUUUAACUCCGAAUGGUACAAUACAUUCUAAUACUAAUACUAUAACUGACACAACCUCAUCUUCGCCAUCCCCUGAGAUUGUAAUAUCUCCUACAACUAAAACAUUAUCUUCAAAUUCUACUGCAAGUAGUGGCACACCUACAGUUACACCUUUAUCUGGAGAAAUAUCUGCUACAACAUCCAAUGAAUAUUCUAAUACUACUAUGAAGUCAUUUACAAGUAAUAUUACACCUUCUACUACUACAACUCCGCCACCUACAACUGCAUCUUUACCUUCUUCUAAGACUGUAAUUUCUUCUAUAUCUAAACCAUCACCUUCAGACUCUCCUACAAGUAGUAGUUCAUCUGAAAUUACAUCUUUCUCUGAAAAUAGGUCUCCUACAAAUAUAUCUAUACCUUCUACUAAUAAAACUGUGUCUCCUACAACUAAACCUUUAUUUUCACAUUCUCCUACAAGUAGUGAUGCAUCUACAGUUACACAUUUUCCUGUUAACGAGUCUUCUAAAAAUAUAACUGCAUCUUCUACAGUUAGCACUACAUAUUCUACCACUAUCGUUGAGUCAAUGGAAAAUAAUAUUACACAUUCUACAACAUACACUAAAUCUCCUGAAACUUCAUCUUCACCUUCUGAAACUGUAACUUCUGUAUAUAAUACAUCUACAAAUACCAUUGAACCUUCUACAAACAGAAUUGCAUCUUCUGCAACUAACACUACAUCUCCUACUUCUGAUAUUAUAUCUCCAACUCCACCUUCGUAUUCUCUUGAUAAUACAUCUAUUCUCACAAAUACGACCGCUUUUUUUCCUACAACAAAUAACAAUUUACCCUCAAAUCAGACAGAUAGUAUCCAACCGCAGAACCUACAAAAUACACAUGCCCCUCUUAAACAGGUUCAACAACAUAUACUCGAAAAUAAUACUGGAAAUGUUUCACUAAGUUCAAAUACGACUGUUUCAAAUAAUUUUUUGACUCCAUCCCCAUCAAAUAAUCCUACCUAUGUUAUGCCUACAGUUACACCUAAAAGUAAUUUAUUAAUACCAAUGGUUUCAGGAGGUAUUUUUCUUUUAGGAAUUAUUUUUCUUUUGAUUCUUCUUUGUAAAUAUACUCCCAUUGGAUCUUGGCUUCGUAACAGGAAGUCAAAAAAAAAAAAAGCAAGAAAAAAGAUUAAGAAAAUAACAAGGGAACCGUUGCUAAUGGAUACAAAAAAUACAACGAAUGAACCAAUAAAUAGUGAAAAUUAUUCCUUCUUACACCAUGAAAAAGAAAUAUCACUAUGUGAUAUGAGUUUGAAAAAUCGAAAAGAUUUGAAGUAUAAACAUGUAAAGAAAUCCAAAGCACCUAAAGGAAUGUAUAUGGAAAAUGAAAAAUAUUUGAAGUAUGAACAUAUGAAGAAAUCCAAACCUCAUGAAGGAAUGCAUAUGGAAAAUGAAAAUAAGUGCAUUCGUGAAGCUGUAGAAGUAUCAAAGAAGCAUGAAAAUGAAUUUAUAUUGAGAGAAAAAUUAAAUGAAGAUAAUCCUAGAAAUGAAAUUAAAGAUGAAUUAACUAAAAAUAGAUUAGAAGAAAAUCCUGUUCAUGUUGUACGGUAUAUUAGGAAAGAUACAUUAAAUGAGGAAAAAGCAAAUGAAAUAAAUUUGCAAAAAGAAAAAUCUACAUGUGAAAUUGAAAUGAAAAAUUUAGGAAAUAAAACGUCAAUCAAGAAUGAUGUAUGUAAUUGGAAUUCAUGGUUAAAUAUACAUAUGAAUGCAUUACUAGAAUAUAAAAAAGAGGAAUGGAAAUUGAAUAAAACCGAAUUUUUUGAUAUUUGUUUAGAAGAGAUCCAAAAAUAUGGAGAAAAUUCUAAUUUAAAAGAUAUGGGAAAUAAUUUUGUAAUGAAAAUAAAUGAAGAAAAUAGUACCGAUAGAAUAGAUAAAAAUA